UUGUAAAUGAUUCCUAUAAACUAACAAAUAUAUGUAUAAAAUUGAUGCUAUUACUGUUCAAGAGUAAUACUGGAAGGUUAUUUGGGAUGUGCUAGAUUAUAAAUCUAGGUGUAUCGAAAGGGACUGAUAAUGCCCAGGUGUUGCUAAGAUUGUCUUCAUUGAGGUACUUAUCCCUUAUUAAAUAAGUCAAAGAGAUUCCAAAGAAGAAUGAAUAAAAUAUUAUUGUUUGCAAGGAUGCCUUCAGAGGUGCAGACCUCAUCUAGUCAUGUUUAAGCAGCCGCAAUGUCGUUCACAAGGCAUAUAUUAGCCUCCCCUUCCUGACUAUUGUUUAUGCACCAGAAUAUAAGGCAUACAAUAGGAGACUAAAAGCUUUUGGGAAAGUUUAUCUAACAGAAAAAUAGUCCAUCUUAAGCAGUAGUGUUAUAACUACUAGUUUCUUACCUCAUGUCCUAAAUUUACACAUGACGCCUGAUCUUCCAUUCCUUCUUCCCGGUUGUUAAAGUUAGGUCCAUCAAGCCGCCCAUUCUAUUUUUCUCUGGCCUGACAAAUUCCUGCACCGCAUUAGAUAAUUGCCAGUUAUAGAGUUUGCCAUCUUUGCACAAGCACAAAACCACAAACAAAGGUACAAGAGCAGUGUAACCUGUUCCAAGCUACCCUUGUGGAUCAUGGAUGAGAGAAGUGAUAUGGACAAGUCAGAAGAGGUACUUCUGCCUGGUUUCCGAUUUCAUCCCACAGAUGAAGAGCUUGUGGGUUUUUAUCUCAGGAGAAAGAUUCAGCAGAAACCCCUUUCAAUUGAGCUCAUCCGGCAGCUGGACAUCUACAAGUACGACCCAUGGGAUCUCCCAAAACUUGCAACUUCUGGGGAGAAAGAAUGGUAUUUCUACUGCCCAAGGGACCGGAAGUAUCGAAAUAGUGCUAGACCAAAUAGAGUCACAGGAGCUGGAUUCUGGAAAGCAACAGGAACAGAUAGGCCAAUUUACUCCUCCCAGGGAACCAAGUGUAUAGGCCUGAAGAAGUCUCUUGUCUUUUAUAAAGGAAGAGCAGCAAAAGGGAUCAAAACUGAUUGGAUGAUGCAUGAGUUCAGGCUUCCAUCAUUAACUGAUCCAACACUUCCUAAAGUACCAAUAGACAAAAACAUUCCAGCCAAUGAUGCCUGGGCUAUUUGUAGAAUAUUUAAAAAGCCUAGUUCAAUGGCGCAAAGAACACUAUCUCACUCCUGGGGUCCUCAGUCAAUUGCAACGACAGAGCCAGAUCUGUUAUCUGCCUUGCAGUCCAUACAGGCUUCACAUUUUGCUUUGGAAAGCUCCUCUUGCUCGGCAGAAGUUGCAGUACCUGUGAAUCGGUUUAAUAGCCAACAUUACUUUCAAGGACGGCAGCAGCAGAAGCUCAACAGUUCACAGAAUGGUUCUUCAUAUAAAGUCAUAAACUUCAACCGCGGUCCGUCCUUAACUCAUCUAUCAGAAAAAGGCAUCCAUAGCAAUCCGAUCAUCUUGCCAUUUGAAACACAGACCCUGCAGAGGUCAUCAGAUGCCGUGCUUCUCAGCAUAGACCCUGGAAUUGUCAAUAGCAUGAAUGAAGCCUCACCAGAUACUGAGUUCGAACAGCUUGAACAGUGCGAUGGGUAUGCAGUUGAUUGGGAUAUAGACACAAUUGGAGGUACUGGAAACAGGGAUGAAGAUCCAUAUACAAGAAAACCUGAUAAUGGAUACGUUACAGGUAACGAGUGUGGAGUUCCACGAAAAAUAAAAUUCCCAUUUGAUCUGGGGCUAGAUUCUUCAGAUGAUUGGACAUGCAACGUGCCCUGUGAAUCUCUCACUUGUCCCCCAACCUCCCCCAGAGAUGCCCAGUAGCUGCUCUACAGAAAGAUACACUAUACAU